CCCCAGGCUCCCCGCGCAACCCCGCGCCGUAGUAAUUUGCAAGGGGCGGUGCAGGGAUGGGGGGGCAAGGGGGAGGUGUCCCGCCCCCCCGAUCACAUGGCGACCCCGCGCAGCCAAUGCGGGGGGCUCUAGGACCCCGGGGACCCGCGGCCCCCCCGCCCUAUAAAUGCCUCUCCAAAAUGCAGCGGGGCUCCUUCCUCUCGUCCCGCCCGGCCGCGCUGCUCUGCGCCCCGCUGCCCGCGGGUCUCCGUGCCGGCUCCGCGCCCCGCUCCUUCCCCCUCCCCUUUUUCCUUUUUUUUUUUUUUUUUUAAAUCUUAUUUUUGUGUUAAUUUUCUGACACCUCCCCUCCCGUUUUUCUCCUCGCCCCCUCCCCGCGGCCGGUUUUUGCAUGCAUUGUCUGUCUCCCAAGAUGGUUUGUGAGACCAAGAUUGUGGCGGAAGAUCAUGAAUCAAUCCCGGGAUCUAAAAAAGACACGAUCAUUGUUUCCUCCUCCCAGAUGUGGCCCUCUUUGGCGGGCUCCCCUCCCUCACCCCCACCUCCCCUCACCCCACCAAAAGAAGACCCCAGGCGCGACAAUGUCUAUAUCCGCGAAUUCCACCCCUCUGAGCAGGAGGUGGUGCGCCGCAUCUUUUACGAGGGGAUCAUGGAGCGAAUCCCCAACACGGCGUUCAGGGGGCUGAAGCAGCAGCCCCUCACUCAGCUGCUCUACGGGCUGCUGGCGGUAAUGUGCUUUGUUGUGACCAAGUCCUUCCUGCUGACCUGCUGUUUGCCCAUCUUUCUGAUGGGCAUGAGGUACUACUUCAGUAGAAAAGUUAUCCUGCACUAUCUCGAUUGUGCGCUGCACACGGACAUGUCCGAUAUUGAGCAAUAUUACAUGAAACCGCCAGGCUCCUGCUUCUGGGUUGCCGUCCUGGACGGCAACGUGGUGGGGAUCGUGGCAGCGCGGGGCAACGAGGAGGACAACACCGUGGAGCUUCGCCGCAUGUCCGUCGAUUCCAACUACCGCGGCAAAGGGAUCGCCAAGGCCCUGGGCCGCAAAGUGCUGGAGUUCGCCAUGCUCAACAACUACUCCUCUGUCGUGCUGGGAACCACGGCCGUGAAGAUGGCAGCCCACAAGCUCUAUGAGUCCUUGGGCUUCAAGCACGUGGGUGUUGUCGAACAUUAUGCCCUGCCAGGGAUGACACGCUCCUUACUGGAGAGAAUGUUUUUCCAGGUCCGCUACCACCGCUACCGCCUGCAGCUGCGGGAAGAAUAAAAAAACCCCCCCACCAACCAAAACAAAAAAAAAAGUAUUUUUUCCCCCCUUCCUCCCCCUUCAAAAAUAAUAAAUUAUCCUUCUAGUUCUCAUCACCAUUGAUUUGCCAAUUUUGGGUUAGAGUUUUUGUACCCUCACGCCACGUUUUGGUUUGCUCCGUUCAGCUCGAUGGGCCGGCCGAGCAGCGCCCCUUCCUCGCAUGCUGUAGGUGGUGGUGCUGGGAGUCCUGCAACCCAGCGGGGCGGAGCGGAGCAGCGGCCUCUCCUUCCCAGGUACCUCUGUAAAGCACAGAAACUUACUGCAAAAUAGUACAACUGCUCCGGUGUACAUAGUCCUCUCCUUUUCCAGGUGUAAGAUAACAUAGUGAUGCAUUCAUAAUAGUGCAGAAAUAUUACUUGAAUGCAGUUUUCAGUAUUUCACGCACCAGUAAGUAGAAUAUGCAUUCCUCUUACCGUAAUCUACUGGUUAAUAGUUUUCAGAGACAAGGUGGGGGGUGCACCCUGCCCCUCCGCCCCAACCCGCUUGCUACAAUGCAUGAAGAGGAAAGCGCGUGCACGCACUCAAACACAUCGCACUGCCGCCACGGCACUGGUGUUGCACUUUUUUUGGAUGUGCCUCAUUCUGCCAAAUGUCUGAGAGACCCCGGGUGCAUCCGGUAACCACGACUCCGCUCCACCUCCCCCUCCUUCCUAAGCCAGCACAGACUCGGACCGGCCGAACUGAGCCCCAUUGUACCAUAGUGUGAAGUUAAGAUCAAACCUAAGUAUCUCCUGCGCUGUUCCGUAGCCACGCGUAACCUGCAGUCCUGGGCCAGACUCCGCAUGUGCGUUGGACUUUCUCUUUGCUGCCUUUCGGGGGUUUUUUUUGUUUGUUUUCAUCUGAUUUUUAAGGGUUAUUUUUUUGUUGUUGUUGUUGUUAUUUUUAGUUUUGGCUUUUGCUGAAUGGUGUCGUUGAGGCGUAAUGGAGGCUGCAGUUCCUAUGGCAACACAUUUGCACAUUAAUGUGCGCACCAAAUCUCACCACUUCAGAGAAGCAACGUGUGACAGAUAAUAGCAUUUUGGGGAGCACCAGGGUGGGGGGAGCGUACUUAUUAUCUUAACCAGCUGCUUGUUUGAUAAAUGUAGAUGGCCUCACUGCAGCCUUCCAUCAAAGGUAAUUAACUGCUUUAAUGAUGUCAGAUUUGUGAAUUGUACAAUGCAAAAAGCAAUGCAAAGCAGAUUCGGCAUGUGUCUGUACCCGGUAUGUAUGUACAGUGCCUGCCAACUAAAGAAUAACCAAGACUACAGCUUCUUCUAGCCUGAGAUAUCAACUUUUAUAACUUAUUUAAACAAAUAGCAACUUUGCAUGAAUUACAUCUUGGGGAAAAAGAAGACUGGUAGGUUUUAAUUUUUAAAGCGUGGUGUCAGAGGUAUUACAGAAAACCAUUUCUGGCUGCACUUAAUUUCAGGUGGGUAGAGGGGUUUGGCUCUGCUAAUACAUUUAAAGGGAAAACCCCUUUAUUUACUGGGAAAAACAAUUAUUAUUUUAUGAAGUAUUAUGCGUGUGGUGAGGGGGGACACCCCCCCGCCUCAUCUGGAUGAAGUUGGUGAAGGGGUAGAGUAUGUGUUAACCACGCUUGCAAAUACAAUGAAGAGUCAGCAGGAGAGCUGCAGAAGGAGCUUUAGGGUAUGGGGAGAGGACAGGAGCCCUGGGCAGAGGAGGGGACAGACAGCACAGACCUGGGACAUGGGGUGCUGUCUGUCCCACUCCUGCCAGGAGCUGCCUUUGCUCUCCAGCCAGAAGCUUUCCCAGCACUGAGAUGUGGCUGGCAAAGCUGAUGGAGAGCAGAGGGCUCAGUCCAUCCCUGCGAGGGCCAUGGGCCAGGCACUGGGGAUGGAGGAGCCAUUUGGCACAGUCCCAGCUGCCCUUUCAUUGCCUGGCCUGGGCUCGGUCCAGCCUGUGAGGAGUUGGAGGGGCAGAGUCCCAGCGUGUGUUCCAGCAAUAAGGGGGCAACGAGGAUGGUGAAGGACACUGUAGCAAGAGACCUUGAGUUUAAUUAACAAAAUUUCUCUAUGGGGCACUAUAUUUUUAAAAGUCUUUCUAUGCUGUACAUUUCUCCUGAAGCUGAAAUAAUGUACUGUUGGUAGGGGUUCUUGUAUAGUGUACAGAAAUCGGCAGAAUAUUUUCUUGCUGCAUUCAGUGAUUUAUUAACCGAAGUAAAACAGACAAAUAUGAAGCGUUAGCAAAAGUUGAAAGAAAUAACACAAAAGUUUGUGCCUUUUUUAGUUUAUUUUUCUGUUGCUAUAUAAUUACUGCACUAAAACCUUUCAAGAGGGGUAAAAAAAAAACAAAAACAAAAAGCAAAAACUAGUCUCUUAAUAGGGAGGAAUAUGUAAAGUCUAAAUUGAACAUUAACUUUUUUUAUUAGGCUGUUUAAUUAAACUAAUGUUGCUGGUUUUAUUUGAUACCUGUGCCUUUGAAAUAAAACUCCACAUCCUGUCAGAAAAUCCAAACCUGGAAAAUAUCCCACCAGAUCCCACAGACACAGAAGUACCAUCAGGUUUACCAGUAUUUUCUUCUAAAACGUGUAAACUUUAACUGAUGAUAUCACAGUAUCUGAUUGUAAUUCCUGUUGAGUUUGCUGGGGAAGAGGUGCUUUGGGAAGGUGUGGCUUUGGGGGUGCUGUCUGCAUUCCUCCCCAGCACACGGAAAUGCACUGAUAAGGAUUGAGUUGUUGCCACUUGGCUGGUGGCUGCCAAGAAAAUUUAUUCCCUUAAUGCUUCUGCCAGUUGCUUUGUGACCAGGCUUUUUGGAAGAAAUCCAUCUGGUUGCUCCCAGCUCUCCAGCCAGGACAGCUUGUUUCUGAAGGAAAGGGCUGGCUGCCAAACAGGCUGGGAUUUGCUCUCCUUGGAAGAUGGCACAGGCUGCCAGAGCUGCAUCCCUGGUGGAAGCAGUGGGACAGGGGUGCACAACCUCCUGUGUUGUUGCUGCCCUCACACCCAGAGCUGCCAAGGUUGGGCUUAAAAGCACCACAUGAUACUGUUGUUCUGUCUGCAUUCAUGGGAAGUUUCCCUAAAUGCCACAGCUCAGGCAGGGCUCUGGGGUCAGGGGUGCUGAGUUCUGACCAUGCCAGGCUCGCCUGCUGCCAGGGCAGUGUGGGCAGACCACAGUGCAGGGUGACAUGUUGAGCUUGAGCUGCCUUUGGCAGAUCCAUCCCUCUGCUCUGAGCCUUUCAGGGUGCCCUGGUUUAAACAAAGUGCUUGGAAAAGAUCAGCACAGCCCUUUCUCUGGGCCUGAGCAUCCUCUCCUGACUCUCCCCAUCCCAGCUCAGUGGCUGGGUGGGUGAGGAGCAGCACAAGGUGGUUGUGGGAUUGGUCCUGAGCAGAAGAGGUGGUGGUCUGGAACUGCUGCCAGGCCUUGAGUCUUGAUUCCAAUAGAGACCCACAUCAGUGUGAGAUGGGAGAGGAUUUUCCUGUUUGAUUUUGGGGGUUUCUCUUUCCAAGGACAACAUUGGCAGGAGUGUGAGGAAGAGUGGAGCCUGUCUUGGGUUUGAGCCCAAGGCUGGUAAAUGUGGUGGUUAAGACCAGUUCUGAUUUAGGUGGAGCUGUAUUAGACAUGUGAAAGUAUUCCCACAGCUGCUCUUACUGUGCACUGCGGGUGGGCUGCUGCCUGCAGAGAUGCCCUUUCCUCACCCGGUUGCUCUCUCCUUAGACUGGGGCUUUUUUUGCUAAUCCCUGUGCACGAGACCCUGCUCAAGUGUCCUUUGCUUGGAGGGGCUUGGGACAGCCCUUGCUCCCUGAGGAAAGCACUAGGUGUCAUAUCCAAAAACUAAAAAAAAAAAAAAAAAACAACAGGAAAGAAGGGAAAUUUUGCAUUACUGUGGCUGAGGUCCACAGCCUUGGGGUUGCCCCAGCCCUCCAGCACAGCCUGGGCCAUUCCCUGUGGAGUGAAUGGGAACUCCCUGCCCAUCCUGAGCAAACUGGCAUCUCAAGCACAUGUCAUAUUUGGCAAUAAGCUCUCUGGGAAGCUUGGCCCCUAAACAGAUCCAGGCUGAUAAUGCUAAGCAAUCAAACCAAUGAAGAAAGUGGUUUCUAGUCUGGCUUGAAACCCUUAAAUUUGUAUUUGUUGUGAAUUCAUGCUGUGUUUUCCCUCAGUGAAGCAGACAGCACCUGCAGGAUGCUUAGGAAUGACAACUGUGUAUCUGCUGGGAGAUGCAGAGAAGUCCAGGGCAUUGCCAUCAGUGGGAAGCUGUUCUUUUCCCUCCCCUCCAUCCCUGUGUGAGAUGCUCUCUCUGAGAAAGCCUUUACCUUUCUCCAGAAGUGAUCCUGCUUCCUGGUGCUGUGCAUGGGUGCAGCCUGCAGGACUCAUUUCAGAAUUGCCUUUCAGCAAAUGCUGGGGACAAAUGACCCUGGGACAUCUGUCCCCGGGGCUGGGACCUGGGGUUGUUUUAUCCCUGUGUUCCUCCCCAUGGGAAAUGAGGAUGAUUCUUCAGGUCAUGAUGCCAGAAUUUGAGUCCCUGGGGAGGGGAGGCAGGACCAAGGGUCAGCAGUGGCUCUUGGGGUUGGGAUGUGCCUGGUGGGCUGCAGCAGGAGCAGAAAGUUUUGGUGCCAGGGGUGUCCUGGGCCCUGUCCUUGCUGUGGCCAGCUGGAAGAACAGAAAGUCCUGUGGUCAGAAUCCCCAAGGGAACUGUGGCUUUGCAGAACCCUGUCCCAAUCCUUGCUGCUGCUCACUGAUCCACACCCGUAUGUGAUGCAGGUCUGCUGCCUUUUAAUUUGCCAGAUUUGCUGGCUGAGGUGCAAAUGGAUAGAAAGGAUAGAAACUGCAGGGACUUCCAAAUUGCCAAACACACAAAGGCAGGAACCAGCUCUGGUUACUCUGAAUUAACAAUCUCACUUUGGGUGUGCUGGGGCCUGUGUUUCAUUAGUGCUGGUGUGAUGCUCUUGGUAUGCACUCUAAAUAAAGGCAUUUUAAUUGGACACUAACUGGAGUCUUGCAGUGGAAUAUACUGUACCACAUAAAGAAAAUUAAGUAAUGCUAAGUGUUAAAUAAGCUUUAAAAUGCAAAAGGAAAAUUUUCUUUUUUUUCUCCCUCAAAAUAGUUUGAUCACAGUUAAAAUCACUGUUCAGUGCUAUCUGUGUAUUGCACAAUGAUCACCUGUGGGAGAGAACAUGCUUUUAACAUCUAAAUAUUAGAAGACAGACCUAGUGAGACCAAGAGCAUAACAAAGACAUAAUGCAACUGUAAAUUUAUUUACAAGUAACACAUUUGAAUGCAGAAGCAGCUACUCCUAUGUAAGUGUAAUGAACUUACAGCUAAUAUUGUUUUCAAUUUCUUUUCCUCCAAAGCUUAAUCCUUUUGCCUUGUAAUAUGUAUAUUUGAUUUUUUUUAAAUGUAAUUAGGUUUAACAAAGCAUCAGUUGCUUUGUGAGUUGUACUUAUGAUUGUGCUGGGCAGUUAGCUUUAAGCAGUUUGUGUGCUUGUGUUAUUUUAUUAAAGCAAAAGUCUUCUUGAGACAAAUGCAGUAAAGGAAAAAAAAUAAUAUUUUUGGUAGUGUUAAGCAGAUGUGUGGUAUGCAUUUGGAAAAUGUCCAAUGUCAGUUAAAAAAAACCAAACCAACAAACAGGCUAAAUUGCUUCCCAGAACUGCUCGUGUUUAAGGCAGUGGCUUACUCACUCACACCUAAAUAAGAAACUUGGAUUCCCCCAAACAGCCUCUUACUCUGCAUCUCCUCACCGUUGUACAAGACCAGUGUGAAAUGAGUCUUGUGUUUUCUAUGUUCAGCAUAGUAUGUACUGUACUCUGUAACGGGAAGUGGCUACAAGUCCUCAAAGAAAAACGAACACAUUCUAAAACAGCAAUAAUUACCACUGUAAAGCAAAAGAGCACGUGGGGGAGAGCCCAGGGAGGUGGUUAAUGAAGGUGAUGCUGUUAGGAGCACGCUGGCAGCAGCGUGUUCCUGAGGGGUGCUGUUGCACCUGGGGAGCAGGAUGAAGUGCUAGGGAAGGCCAUCAGUCUCUGGAACUGGGUGUCACCUUGGCAGAGAACCUGCCCAUGUGGGGUCCUAGAGCUGAGUCUUUGUGAGCCCUUAUGCAGUGCAGGCUUUUCACCACAGUUAAGGGUGAGUUAUUGCAAAUACCAUUCCUGGUGGGAGAGACAGACAUAAGGAAGAGCUGUCAGAGCCACACAGAGGAAGGUAAACACUUAUUGCCACAGUUUUGUACCCCAGCACGCUGCUACUGCACUUCUGGGGCUCAGCAAUGGCAGAAAGCAGAAUCGAUUGCUCCCAUUUUCUGUGGAGGGAAGCAGGAGUCAGCUCUGUUGGCAAGCUGCUUGCAGACCAUGGAGGCAGCAGCACAAACCGUUCCCCAGGCGUGGCAGGUGCCAGGAUGGGUACCAGUCAUCCCUUGGUGUGCUUGAGGCUCCUGAGCCGCAGCCUCCGCAGCCCCGGGAGCCAGCCAGCUCUGCAGGGACAGCAGGGUGUCCUCAGGCAGGGGCAGGCCAGGUGCUCUGGACAAACGACUUGUAGGUACUUAAGUUCUGUUCCUGAUGGCCGCUGUAACUGUGAAAAUUAACCAGACCUGCUGUGAUAAAUUUGGUUAUAUAAGGUUUAUUUGGUUAAUUUUUUAUAAGUGAAAACUGAAAAGAUGAAAGAGAAUUGUAAUAUGAAAGCAACUGCUGUAAAUAAUGUACGAAUGAAUAAAAUCUAAAACUUAUGUCAGUUUUUUCCUAAA